AUUCCUGUUUAGCUCAGACCCUGCUUUCUAGAUACAACUGGGAGCUUCAUCAGAAACAAAGUGAAGAUGCCAGAGCCUACAAAGAAAACAGUUUCUGCAUUUACCAAGAAGCCGAAGACAACAGAGCUGACAGCCGGAAGCACAGCUGUGUUUGAAGCAGAGACAGAAAAAGCCGGCAUCAAGGUGAAGUGGCUGCGAGCUGGCACAGAAAUUACUGAAAGUGAGAAAUAUGUCAUCAAGGCAGAAGGAAACAAGCAUUCCCUGACAAUCAAUAAUGUAGGAAAAGAAGAUGAUGUGACAUACGCUGUAAUAGCGGGAAGUUCCAAGGUCAAAUUUGAACUCAAGGUCAAGGAACCAGAGAAGGUGCUCAAAUUAGUCAUCACAUGGCACAACAGGGCUGGAAACCUCUGGUGGAAAAGACAUCGCAAACAGCUGGGAAACUGCAUGUGGGACUUGUGUGAGAGGGGACCAGGCGUUCCUGCGCAAGCUGCUCCAGCCCCAGCUGCCUCAGAAACACCUGCUCCACCAGUAGAAAGCAGCCAAAACACAGAAGUUGCAUCUGCUGGGACUCAACCAGAAGAGCCUCCGGACCCGAUUGGGCUCUUUGUGACACGACCCCAGGAUGGAGAAGUUACUGUUGGUGGAAACAUCACAUUCACUGCCAAAGUGGCAGGUGAGAGCCUGCUGAAGAAACCAUCAGUGAAGUGGUUCAAAGGGAAGUGGAUGGACCUGGGAAGCAAAGUGGGGAAACAUCUCCAGCUACAUGACAGUUAUGAUCGAAAUAACAAGGUGUACACCUUUGAAAUGGAAAUCAUAGAAGCAAACAUGACUUUUGCAGGAGGAUACAGAUGUGAGGUGUCUACCAAGGACAAGUUUGAUAGUUCCAAUUUCAACCUGACAGUCAAUGAAGCACCAAUAACUGGAGACUUGGAUAUUCGCGCUGCCUUCCGACGCACGAGCCUGGCAGGAGCGGGGAGACGGAUGACUUCAGCCUUUCUCAGUACCGAGGGACAUGAAGAAGGUGGAGAGUUUAAUUUUAGUGCCCUACUGAAAAAGAGAGACAGCUUCUUGCGCUCAGUAAAUCGAAGUGAAGCAAAAUCUGAGUCACAGUCUGAUGUUGAUGUCUGGGAAAUCCUGAGGAAAGCUCCUCCUUCCGAAUACGAGAAAAUUGCUUUUCAGUAUGGUAUCACAGAUUUGCGGGGGAUGCUGAAACGCCUCAAACGCAUAAAGAAGGAAGAGAAAAAAAGUACAGCAUUCCUCAAGAAACUGGAUCCAGCUUACCAAGUGGACAAAGGGCAAAAGAUUAAAUUAACAGUCGAACUUGCCAACCCAGAUGCUGAUGUGAAAUGGCUGAAGAAUGGACAGGAGAUCCAAGUGAGCGGCAGCAAAUACAUUUUUGAGGCUGUUGGGAAUAAGAGAAUACUGACCAUAAACCACUGCUCUCUGGCCGAUGAUGCAGCAUAUGAAUGUGUGGUAGGGGAGGAGAAGAGCUUCACAGAAUUAUUUGUAAAAGAACCUCCAAUUCUGAUCACUCACCCACUGGAGGACCAGAUGGUGAUGGUUGGAGAGAGAGUGGAGUUUGAGUGUGAAGUGUCUGAGGAAGGAGCUACUGUGAAAUGGGAAAAGGACGGAAUUGAGCUGACACGGGAAGAAACAUUUAAAUACCGAUUCAAGAAAGAUGGAAAAAAGCAGUAUCUAAUUAUUAAUGAGACAACCAAGGAGGAUAGCGGCCACUACACCGUGAAGACCAAUGGUGGGGUAUCAGUCGCUGAACUCAUUGUACAAGAGAAAAAGCUGGAAGUUUAUCAGAGCAUUGCGGACCUGACAGUGAAGGCACGUGACCAGGCAGUCUUCAAGUGUGAAGUUUCUGAUGAAAAUGUGAAAGGCAUCUGGUUGAAAAAUGGAAAGGAGGUGAUCCCAGAUGAAAGGAUAAAGAUCUCCCACAUUGGCAGAAUCCAUAAGCUAACUAUUGAGGACGUAACACCAGAUGACGAGGCUGAUUACUCCUUCAUCCCUCAGGGAUUUGCUUACAACCUUUCUGCCAAGCUUCAGUUUUUGGAGGUCAAGAUUGAUUUUGUACCAAGAGAAGAACCUCCCAAAAUCCACCUUGACUGUCUGGGCCAAUCCCCUGACACUAUUGUCGUGGUGGCUGGGAACAAAUUGAGAUUGGAUGUUCCCAUAUCUGGAGAUCCAACACCCACUGUCAUCUGGCAGAAAGUAAACAAGAAAAGCGACCUUCUUCGAAGCAAUGAUGAUUCCAUGACUCCCUCAGAAAACAGCAACGAUUUAAAUACUGAUAGUAAG